GGAGUUUAGCGAAGACCUAAGUCGGUGCCUCAGUCCGGUCCAGUUCAGGCUGCAUAGCUUCACAGCUCAGCUGUUGUGUUUGACGGUACCGACGCGUGAAGAAGCGGAACAAGCAUGUCUGUUAAAAUGUAACCGCACAUGUCCGGUAACAGUCGUGUUCCCAGCGGGAGAACAAAGAUGGACCCUGUCGUGAAAAACACCCAGAAGAAGUUGUGGCUCCGCGGUCUGCUCUGGUGGUCGCUCCUGGUCGAGCUGGCGUCGGGAGCUUCCUUCUACGGCGAUGGCUUUGUGCAGCUCAAGGCGACCGAGUCGUCGGACCGUAACGCGCUGCGCAUUCGCUUCCGAACCUCCAGCACCAGCGGCCUGCUGUUCCUGGCUGCCGGCCAGACCGACCACUUCCUGCUGGAGCUCCACGCCGGUCGCCUGCAGCUGAAACUGGACCUUGGAUCAGGGGAGGUAGUGUUACAGUCAGACAGAGGCACCCAGCUCAACGACCUGGCCUGGCACUCUGUGGAGAUCCGCCAUGACCUCUACAACGUCACUCUGACUGUGGACAAGAACUCUCACACGGAUAUAAAGAUGCCAGGCUCCCACCACGAUCUCCACGUUUUGGAUGGGCUCUAUGUUGGAGGCUCAGGAGGCCUGGACAGACUUUACCUCGCCAGAGACCUGAUCGGUUUCCGAGGCUGCAUGGACGAGGUGGUCUUUAACGAACACGACUUGCUGUCAUCACUGAGGCCGUAUACGGGAUUCAAGAAUGUCCAUGAGGUGUCUUUGGGCUGCAGUCCCCAAUUCUUUGCCACCGAGGAGGACCCUAUCAGCUUCUUCAGCUCCAGGGCUUACAUUUCUCUUCCAACCUGGAACGCCCAGCAGGAAGCGAUAUUUGAGUGUGUUGUGCACACUUCAGCCAAAGAGGGAGUUAUCCUGUACAAUUCCGCCAGAGAGGGGAACUUUGUUGCUGUGGAGAUUCAGGAAGGUUUGCCAGUGGCCAUUGUUGGGAAAGGUGGAACCAAAACCGAACUUCGAUCCCUCACAUUCAUCAAUGACAGGAAAUGGCAUUCUAUCAGGUUGCAUUUCAGUUCCAAAAGCCUUGAGCUUACUGUUGAUGGAGAGAUGGUGAAAAGCAGCAUUAGCUCUGGUUCAAAGGGGCUUCAUCUUAAAGGUUAUCUUUUUGUUGGAGGUAUCGAUGACGGCACCAGAUCAGACGUCAGAAAGGUGGGGCUUGCCUCCGUGUCUGGAAAGCGUGUCAGAGGAGGUUCCUUUAAAGGAUGUUUGAAGAAUAUUGAAGUCAAUGGAGUGAAAAUGGGUCUCUCCGAUGCGGUAGUCACCAAGGAUAUCUCAGUUGGUUGUGAGCCAGAGAAAGAACCAGAACCCUCGACCACUAUGAGUCCAACAAGUGCUCCGGUACCCCUCUUUCGCUUGGCGACACCAACACCUACACUUCACAUGUCCACUCUCGCAAGGGGCUUGGACAGAAAGUACGGCUCGAAUUUUGUGCAGCUCAAAAACCUUGUGGUUCAGGAAGGCGGUCGAGCAUCUCUCGAAGCCAAACACAUCAAGGUUCUCUUGGACUUCAAGAAGCUUGGCAUUCGACAGUCUCAGAUCAUUUUCCGAAUUCAGGAGCAACCAAUUCAUGGUCAGAUAAGGCUUGAUGUCGAUCAGGACCAAGAGGAGAACACAUUCAGCAUGUUGGACCUUUGGCACGGACGAGUGAUGUAUAUCCAUGGAGGCUCCGAGGAACCAGAUGACUUCUUCAUGUUUUCGCUGUAUUCUAGCAGUAGAAAGCAAGUUCCUGAUUAUCUGAAGGGCAACAAAUUGUACCGUUACAAUAUUACCAUGACUCCCACAAACGAUGCACCUGAAUUGAGUCUCCCUGAGGGAAAUCUCUUCGUCCUGUUGGAGAACUCAAAGAAACGCCUCACCACUGAAAUUCUGAAAGCCACAGACAUCGACAGCAGCUACACCGACCUUGUCUUCUCCGUGCUUGGCAACCUGAACGCUGAUGCAGGAUAUUUGGAAAUUGAAAACAACCCCGGCGAGGCAGUUGCCACGUUCUCAUAUUCCGACUUGGAGGAUCUGAGGGUGUUCUAUGUUCACACAGGGGUUCGAAACUCAAGGAUAGUUCUUAGAGUUAGCGAUGGGGAAAAGGUCAGCAACACUGUGGUCCUAAGGGUCAUGGCUGUAGCGCUGGAGUAUAAGAUUGCCAACAACACAGGCCUUGAGAUCAUUCAAGGAGACACGGCUAUACUUAGUUCAAAGCAGCUGGCUGUGCAAACCAAUGCUGGGAAGCAAGUCGUAGACAUCCGAUUUGAUAUCAUUGAACCCCCUCAGUAUGGAGAACUCCAAAGACUUCACUCAAGCGGUGAAUGGAGGCCUACUGACUCGUUUUCCCAAAGGCUUCUCGAAAAAGAGCGCCUGAGGUAUGUUAGCACCUAUCAAGAAAUCCAGACAUCCAACGCCACUGAUUACUUUAAGAGCAAAGUAAAUGUGGCUGCAAGAGCAACCACUGAAAUACUCUUCCCAAUCACUGUGAGGUGGGUGAGGUACCGCCUGGUGAGGAACGUCAUGAUGGACAUGGAUAAAGUUAGAAAAGUGACGCUGGACUCGGAGUAUCUUUUUGCCACAGCUGAAGGUGUGGCUCUCUCCGAGGAAGACAUUCAUUACCGGGUUCUCACCACACCAAAGAAAGGGAAACUCCUGCUCGGCACCACAGUCUUGGGGAAGAACGCGACCUUUAGCCAAAGAGAUGUAACCGACCGAAAAGUACAUUACGAGCUCGUCGACCGGCCUUAUGAAGAUACAAGUGACAGGUUCAAGUUUCACCUGGUGUCCAAACACUCUCAGUCACAAUACUACGAGUUUCGGUUUUCCAUUAAAGCUGAUGUCAACAGCGUGUUUAUGAGAAAUGACGGACUCUCACUUCAGGAGGGAGAAAGUAAACUUAUCACGAAAGACGACCUGUUUGCAGAGACUCUGAGCACAAAGGAUAUGUACUACACAGUAAUAAGCAGCCCCAAGCAUGGGAAGCUGGCCCGCAUUAGCCAGUCAAAUUCCAACGCUAGCUACGACAACAUCUUAACCUUUAGUAACCAGGAUAUAUCAGAGGAACGGAUCAUGUACAUCCAUGACGACAGUGAAACAACUCAAGACGAGUUCACCUUCAUGGCCUCCACAAGCCAAGGGUUCAAAUCCUCGAUCACAGUAGAUGAUAUCGGCUCCAAAGAAGGAGUUUUCAACAUAUCGAUUCAGCUAAUCAAUGACCAAAAGCCGGCACGUGUUAUCGAUAAAGUCUUCCAUGUAGUAAGGGAAGGACAGAAGUUACUCACUAUAGAGGAUUUGCGUUACCAUGAUGCAGACUCUGACUUUGACGAUGGCCAGUUGGUUUACACUCGUCGUGGGAUCCCGAUGGGAGACCUAGUGCUGGUUAAUGACACCACUCAUCGGCUGUUCCAGUUUCGUCAGAGGGACUUGGAAGAAAAGCGAGUGCUGUUCAUUCACAAGGGCGUGAGCACGGGCAGGUUUGUGCUCUUUGUCUCGGACGGGAAGCAUUUUGUAUCGAGCCUGUUAGACAUCAGCGCGCAUGACCCUUUCUUAAGGGUUGGCAACAACACCGGCCUGCUGGUUCAGAAGGGCCAGUCCGUAACAUUUUCCACAAGUAAUUUUAGCGUCAUAUCAAAUUUGGACAUCAGAGAUGACCAGGAAGUCAUCUUCAAGUUGGACGGGGCUCCCAAGUACGGGGGACUUUAUGUCAAUGAAACAAAGGUGGAGUUGUUCUCACAGUCUGACCUUAAGGACGGGCUGAUCUCCUACCGGCACAAUGACAGCAAACAUCUUGCCGACCAUUUUAACUUAACGGUGAAUGCUAAAGGUCUUCAACUUGCAGUGAGGAUCAACGUGAAGGUUUACCUGGAAAGUCAUCAGAGGCCUCCCAUUGUGCUGCAUCACAACAUCCUGCUGGUGGAGGAGGGAAAACCAGUAAAGAUCAGCGAAACAAAGCUAGAGGUCACUCACGAGGACAACCUGCCAUCUGAGAUUGCAUUCACAGUCAAGGUGGCCCCGUCUCAUGGCUUUCUCCGGCGUUUUGUCGAAGCGGAGGAGCGCUACGUCGGAACCCAGCAGUCCCCUGUCAAGAUGUUUACCCAAGAGGACGUGAACGGCGGGAACAUCCAGUACGUGCAGGCUGAGCCCAGCAGAGUGAACGACUCUUUCCUCCUGGAUGCCACCAACGGGGUGACAGACGUCAACGACAUCAGGAUGUCCGUCGACAUCAUCCCACGCCUCAUCCCGCUCCGGGUCUCCAAUUUCACGCUGAACGAGGGCGCGUCUAAGGCGCUGACCCAGGACGUGCUCAAAGUCACCAACCGGCACUUUUCGGGAAUCAACUUCCUGUAUAGUCUGACCGCCCCCCCGCAGCACGGUCAUGUUGAACACUCUCGACAUCCUGGUGUGGCCAUCACCUCUUUCACCAGGAGGCAGGUGGAGCACGAAUUCAUUUACUACGUCCAUGACAGCAGCGAAACCUCAGCCGACAGUUUCACCGUGGCGGUCAAUGACACGGGCCUGAGGAAGCAAAGCGCGGCCCAGACGGUGUACAUCCAGGUUUCAGCUGUCAACGACGAGCCUCCUGUUAUUACAGCCAACAGGGUCCUCAGGGUGUGGGUGUCCUCGGUGACGGAGAUCAGGCCGGAGGAAUUGAGGGCUCAGGACCUGGACACGCCCCCUGAGGAACUGCACUUCAUGGUGACCCCACCCAGCAACGGACACCUGGCCCUGAAGAGCGCCCCCAUGAAGGCGGUGCUCAACUUCACCCAGGAGCACAUAGAACAGGGCCAGCUGCUGUUUGUCCACAAAGGUGCCAUGUCUGGAGGAUUCAACUUCCAAGCCAACGAUGGCGUGAACUUCACUCCCAGGCAGAUCUUCAGCAUCACUGCCAGAGCCUUAGUGCUCAGCUUAGAGGAAAACCAUCCGCUCAAGGUGUUUCCAGGCUCUUCUACUCCAAUCACAAAUGAGGUUUUACAAGCAGUGACCAAUGACAUCAGCAACUCCUCGAACCGUGUCAUUACAUUCAGUGUGAUUCGGCAUCCUAAACUGGGGCGCCUGGUGAUGAGGCAGCCAGACAAUUCAACGGUGGACGUCUCCACUUUCACACAAGACAUGGUGGACAGGAAAGAGGUUGUGUACAUUCAAACCCCCAUCGAGUCUGUGGGCUGGGAAGCAAUGGACUCCAUGACCUUCUCUGUGGCGUCGCUGCCUGCUUCUCUGGACAGCCAGAUCUUCAAAAUCGACAUUUCUUAUGAGAAUACUGGACCUGAACACAACACAGUGCUGCUUGCAAACACAGGUGCUGAGGUGACUGAAGGGGAGAGUGUCAUCAUUGACGAAUCCAAGCUGGAUGCCACCAACCUGAUGUCUAAGCUGCCCACACCUCAGCGGAGCUCCCAUGAGGUCUGGUUCCAGGUGACAUCUCUGCCUCAGCACGGUGUCAUAGUGGUAGGUGAGAGAAACCUCACCAAGGAGAAACCCAACUUCUCCCAGUUCAUCGUUAACAAGUACGGUAUCACCUACAAGCACGACAACUCAGAGACAACUCGUGACUCUUUUUUAUUCAGCGCAUGGCUAAAUCCUAAAGGCAAAACUGCUCAACGCCCUGAGGAUGACGUUGAUGUCGUUGAGGAGCGUUUCAACAUCACAAUCACGCCUGUGAAUGAUCAGCCACCUUUGCUAAAGACCAAAGCUCCAAGUCUGAGGUUGGUACGAGGGGAUACAGUCGCCCUCGGGCCAGAGAAUCUCAAAGUUGAAGACAUAGACAAUCCUCCUGAGGAUAUUCAGUUCUCUGUGAUUAGCAAGCCAAACAAUGGUUACCUAGCUCUCGAAGGAAGUUUGGAUGAGUCAAUAGUGGCCUUCACCCAAGCCCAGAUCAACAACGGAAGCGUCUAUUUCAUCCAUGAUGGAAGCUCUGUCUCGGGGGUGUUCUACUUCAGUGUCACGGAUGGACAUCAUAAACCAAUAUAUAAACUCUUCAACCUAGAAGUGACCGAAAUCACCAUUUCUUUGGUCAACUACACCGGAUUGACACUGGAGCAAGGCAAGACAUCGGUAUCACUGACCCAAGACAACCUUAUAGCAGAGACCAACGGGAAAAACAUCACCAUCCGCUACCAGAUUACCAAGCCUCCCAACUUUGGAAAACUUUUGAAGGACAACGAAGAGGUUACACAGUUCGAACAGGAGGAUCUACAGGCUGGAAGGCUGUCCUACCACAUGAUCUCCCUCACCUCUUCAGAGGACAGCUUUGAGUUCACCGCCUUCACUUCAGAGGCAAAUGUGACCGGCCAAAUGUUUAACAUAACCGUCAGACCUUUGAUCCAGGUUGGGAAAGGUUUGAGGAUUCCCAAUGGGAUUGUUGUCAAACUCAACCCUAGCUACCUUAAUGCCUCUGAACUGGCCAAUAUCAGUGAUCGUGACCCUAUAUUUGAGAUAAUCUCCCAACCAAAGUAUGGGAAGGUGGUUCGGACUAAAACUAGAAUGUCCAAGAGAGCUGUACCGGUCGAGACCUUCACCUUUCAGGAGCUGAUGCAGGAGAAGGUAGGGCUGGAGCUGAAUGCCAACAUGACCGGAGUUCAAGAGCUAAACGACUCCCUGGUGUUUCUACUGAAAGCUCAGAACAUCCAACCUGCUAAAGGAGAGUUCCACUUUACUGUCGUGCCAUAUGAUCCGGCGCUUUUCCCGACCACAAAGAGCCCCAUCCCAACCACGUCAUCUGUUCCUCAGACACCGAUCCAGACUUCCAGAAACGGAAGUGCUUCGUCAGUCCUGUCUACAGCGUUCCUCUCCACCCAGCAACCAAGCAAAAACCAUCAAAAGUUCAAGGCACGCAACCGCUGGGGAAGCUCCAACAGAACUAGCAUUUUCAGCACGACUCUUGGCAAACCAACGCAUGGAGCAGAGGACUUUCCCUUCAGGAACACGCCGGUACGCGUAGAGUCCUACCCGCAAAAAACCUCCAGUCCGCUCCUGGUUAUCUUACCACUGCUGGCCCUGCUGCUGCUCAUAGUCAUCUUCGUAGUCCUGGUUAUCUUUCUUCGACACUACAGACAAAGGAAGCAGAACACUGCCUCACCAAAGGAGCCACCUCCCCCUGGUCUUGUAAGCGGUCCGUCCUACCUAGGUCAACCCCAGAGGAGCACAACAGUUCCCACCGUGACUGUCACUCCAUUGAACCCCAGCUGCCCAGGUAGCCCUGUUCUAGAUCGGUUACUGACACAGAAUCAGACCUCAGCUUAUGAUACCAUUGAUUCAGACAUGCUCAUAAGUUCUUGGAGUAACGGUUCUCCUGCGCCAACUUCCCAAAUUAUUCGAACCGCCACCCCAACUCUGCAGACGAACCAGUACUGGGUAUGACCUUCUACAAACCAAUAUGUGUUGGAAAAUGCUGUAACGGGCUUUAAAACUGCCUAAUUAAAAUGUGGUAUUACUUAAACGAAGCUGCAACUAAUCCACUUAAAGCUGCAUUAAUCAAUAUUUGUAUUAAUACUGAAGCAAAUGACUGUUAUGUGUAAUGUUUCCCUUGAGGUGACAAACUUGUUAUCACCCAACUCUGCAGCUUUAUGGAGCUUUUUUUUUUUGUCUCAUUUAGCUCGUCGUUACGUUUUUUACCGAUCAUUACUGCUUAACGGCAAACAUUGAGCAAACUAAAGACCAAGAUUUCUUGUCGAGAGUUGGAGAAGGCUAAACAAGAGCUAAUAGGUCACCAUAUGGCCAGAAACACAGCUCCUAUUGGAGGAUAACUAUGCUCUGUUACUGCUGGAUUAAUUACUAGGCAAUUGUUUGCUUAGAAUUAGUGAUAAUACUGUUUAUCAAGGCUGAGUGUAGCUUGUUUUUUGUGAUAAUCUGCCCCCUAGUGGCCAAUAACUGAUUGAUGCAGCUUUAAUGAUGGAUUAAGCAGAAAACCACCACAGUACGUUAAUCAGCAUCCGCACAUCUUUUGGUUUUCUUUGAGUCGCUCAAUCCUUUGAAACACCGGUUUACAACCACUACUGUAUAUUGAGCUUGGUGGGACAGAUUUAGUUCCCUUGAGCAUUUUUACGAAGCGGUCAUCAUUGUGGUAAAUCAUAACCUAUGUUUGGUGCCUAACGUAUGUUUCAUCACUCACAUUGUUAUCUGGUCCUCAUGCACGUCGAAGUCUCUUCCAUAAUGGGUCCUGAUCGUCGGAGAGGAGGGUGAUGCUAACAGCGGCUUGAAACUGUGAAUUACUAAGAAUGACACUGGCACAAAGAUGUAUAGUCCGAGCAUUUGAACUGAUUGUGCAUAUUUUAUAUCCUUGUUCUGAAUUAUAUAUUAUAGUAUAUCAACUUUUUGUAACUCAGGUAUUUUGUUAACGGUCAGUUACUUCAUGUUACCUUUAACGAGGGUUGCAUGUAUCGUCAAUAAUUGAGCUCUUUGUUUGAACAUAGCAGCAUUGAAUAUUAUCCCAGCAUGGCUGUGUAUUAAAACGGGACAAUUGAAACGGCUGGUUUUGUACCAUUACAUUACAGUCAUUUAGCAGACGCUUUUAUCCAAAGCGACUUACAGGAACACUAUUCAAAACAAUUAUUUAUAGGCCUGAACAAAUCACACCAAUGAAAAUAAUAGCACUGUUUUUUCAAAUGUUUUUUUUUUAUUUUAAUUUUACUAUGCACAGUAUUUAUAUAUUUUCAAGAAGAGCGUAGUAAGAAAAUCAAGGCACUGAUCUUAAAAGAUGACACAAAUCUACACUGUAUUCUACCCUCCUACCCCUCAGUGAAAAAAAAAUUGAAAAUAGCAGCUAUUAAUGUUUUCCAUUCAAACCUUACAGAUGAAUAGAGCCUAUUUGUCCACAUACCUUUUAAGGAGAUUGAGCAGCUAACCCUAAGACACUCGAGCACAAGGAGUGCAACUUUGUUCGUCUACAAAAUGACAAGAAACUGACAAUUGUUUUGACUGAAACAAGUGCUAAUAUUUACAUGAAUUAUUACUACUUGGUGGUUUGACACUGUAAUGAUGUUUCUACUGUAAAUGAAAAGGUACUGCUCUGGAAAGUUAUGGGAGAUGAGAAAUUUCUUUCACAGAAAACCACUAAUAUUGUUACGGAAUAAUUUUGAACUGAAGAGAAAAGUCUGUCGGGUGUAUUCCAGUCUCUCAUCUGAAUAAUGUAACCUGAUAUGUAACAGAAGUGUCAUAUUUAUUUAUACCGUAUUUUUAA